AUGGCUCGAUCUUCGUUAGGAAAGCGGACCCGGAGUGUCGAUGAUACCGAUGCAAGCCCGGUUCAGACUCCUUCCAAGCGAAGCCGCCGCUUAGCAAAAACGGCUCCAGUAUACAACGACGAGAAUCAAGACCCUCAAUCGCCCCUGGACGACAAUGGCUUCAAGCCGCUUCCCAUCAUCCGACACUCUCCCUCCCAAUCCUCCUCCAUCAAGCAGAACCCCGUCACGCCUUCCACACCCCGACACCGAGAUGCACUUGCCGUUCCUCCCACUACCCCCCGACAUGCCGUCAUGUCGGCAGGCAAGCUUUUCAAGCGAUUGACUCCCCAGACACCGCUCUCGCCCAAUACUAUCCAGACCGUCUACCAUUCUGCACGCCAACUCUUUGCUCGCGGUGCCGAGCCAGGCCAGUUGGUUGGCCGAGAGUCUGAGCGUGAACAGCUCACUACCUUCCUCGACCGGUGCUCAUCGGCGACCCCCAAUGGAUGCCUGUAUGUCAGUGGACCGCCAGGAACCGGCAAGAGUGCCAUGAUUACCGAGAUGACUCAGGCCUGCUCAGAACGCGACAACGUGCGGGCCGCCUACAUCAACUGCAUGAGCAUCAAGUCGUCAAAGGACCUGUACACCACGCUCCUCGGGGCCCUAGACCAGGCUAGCGACUUGUCCGAGGCCGAUGCCGUUGCAGCACUGCAAGCAUCCUUCGUGCCCAAGUCGAAGUCCAGCAAAGUCUUCCUCGUCACGCUCGAUGAGAUCGAUCACAUUCUCACCAUGGGGUUGGAGAGUCUAUACCGAGUAUUUGAGUGGUCCUUGCAAAAGUCGUCUCGUCUCGUUCUCGUUGGGAUUGCCAACGCCCUGGACCUGACUGAUCGGUUCUUGCCUCGACUCAAGUCGAAGAACCUAAAGCCGAAUCUUAUGUCUUUCCUUCCGUACACAGCACCCCAAGUCAAGAACAUCAUCAUCACCAGACUGAAGUCCCUGAUGCCGGCAGGAAACGAGAGCUACGUCCCAUUUAUCCACCCUGCUGCCAUCGAACUUUGUUCCCGGAAGGUGUCCAGCCAGACUGGAGAUUUGCGGAAGGCAUUUGAGAUCUGCCGACGAGCGCUAGAUCUAAUUGAGGCCGAGACGAGAGGAAAGCACGAGGAAGAGGCAAGGGAGAAGCUUCUGCAGAUGACACCCUCCAAGCGACCUCUCGGAGAGAACAUCAAUGGAGCAUCCGGCAGCGGGGCACGAAGCGUCAUCCAAAUCAUGGCGACGUCGCUUAAGGCACUCAAUGCAGAGACAGCCCCUCGAGCGUCGAUCGGACACCUCAACAAAAUCACAUCGGCUGCAUUCAACAACGGGACUUCGCAACGACUCAAGGCUCUCAACCUACAACAAAAGGCCGCCUUGUGUGCUUUGGUGGCUUGUGAGAAACGAAACCGAGCAGCGGCCAAGAUGGCCAAUGGUCUGACCACGCCAUCCAAGUCGAAGCUUAUGGCGCCCACAGUAAAGGCCUUGUUCGAGGCCUACUGCCAGCUGUGUACUCGCGAUUCAGUCCUCCACCCGCUGUCGAGCUCUGAGUUUCGUGAGGUGGUGGGCAGUCUGGAAACGCUGGGGCUGGUCAACGCAUCGGAUGGCAAGAGUGGCAGCUUCGUGACACCGCAGACACCCAGCAAGAGAGGUCGAAAGGCCGCCAUGCCCAGCGGGGACGAGCGUCGGGUCACGAGUUGCGCUGGAGAGAAGGAGAUUGAGUCAAUUGCUGAAGGCGUUGGCGCGGGAAUUCUCAAGACCAUUUUGAGUGGCGAGUCUUUGGACUAG